AUUUCUUUAUCUUUACAAUUUGUUGUUAUAAAAACGACAGUUUCGUCCUGUCCUAUAUUUCAUUGCAAAUGAACGACACUGUACUGGCAGUCAACCUCUUCAUCACUUUUACUACUGCAAACCCAGAACCUGAACGAUUAAAAAUCAAUGGCGACCAUCAGCAACUAAAUCAAUGGCGACUUUAAGCCCCAGGUUCUUGUUCAGCAAGGGCGUCGUUUCACAGUCCGCCAACACUCCACCGGUUACAAGCUUCCUCGAAACGCAUCCAGGGGCGUACACGACGUCUCGCACUCACAAAGACGCGUCGUUCGUGCUGUUCUGGGAACGACACUUGAAGAGACUGGUGGACUCAGUAGCAAUUCUAUACAAUUCGAAUCCUCAGCUUCUGUUCGGACCCAACAAAACGACUUCGCUUUCGUUGCCGUCGCUCUCCUCCAACUCCCCUUUGCUCCAGUCGGAGGUUCGCGAGCUCGUGAACCGUUCGAUGAAACGAGUGUUGCCGAUUGCUUUGAAAGAGAGGAGUGAGGGAGAGGAACUGUCAAUUACAGCUCUGGUCAGUGGCAAUUUGGAGAAAUUGAGUGAGAAUGAGAGUGAGGGCUUGGACCAUGAAAGAUUUGGCAAUGGGGUUUUUGAUGUGAGUAUUUACAUUGGGACUUAUGUGCCAACUGUGUUUGGUAUCGAAGGAACCGGUGCGCAUUUGGCUGUGGUGGGUCGUGGGAGAGACGAUGCUUCUGCUAAGUAUUCGGAUUGGGUGAGGAUUAGGAAGUCUUUGGAGAGGUUGAGGCCGCCCAACGGGACCGAGCUCUUGUUGUCUAAUGACGGUGACCGGAUUCUUGAGGGGACGGUCUCAAACUUCUUUGUCGUCUGCCGGAAGGAUAACGAUGAAGCUAAGGGGCAAAGUAUGCACUGUUUUGAAGUACAGACAGCUCCUAUUAGUGAUCAUGUCCUUCCAGGAAUUACACGCCAAUUGGUCAUUGAAGUAUGCUUGAGCAAGGGAAUCCCCUUUCGAGAAGUUGCACCAUCAUGGUCAGAGAGUGAAUUUUGGGCAGAGGCGUUCAUUACAAGUAGCUUGAGACUUUUGCAGCACGCGGAGACAUUUAGUUUUCCAAGUUCAUGGGAAUCACUAAAUUCUAAAUCUUGGGAGGAGAUCUCAUGGAAAGACAAACAUUUUGAGGAGGGUCCUGGGAUGAUCACUACAAUAAUCCAGAAAGAGGUCAUGGAGAAAGCAGCUUCAGAAGGGUACUUUCUCAGUUAGUUUAUAUAAAAGGUGGAGGUAUCUUCUUUCUUGCAUAGGAUGUUAAUACUUGUGUCUAUCAUCUUGUGCCUCCAUCCGAUACUGGGACAUGCAACCAAGCUGGACUUUAUGUGAUUUGGCCAUUAAGCUCUCUAUGAUUCUGUUGCUCCAGUUCAAGCAAACCAAGGAUCAUAAAAUAAAUGGAUGUACUCUGUUUCGUAUGUAAACCAUCCUAGGUUCUUAUAUGAUUAUUAAGCCUCUUAUCAUACAUAGAAAUUAGUUUGAUCUCUUUGGUUACAAUUUACACAUAUUAUGCAAAAUAAUUCUUGUAAUUGUACCCUCUAUCAUCAUAUAUGGUUUUGUUCAAGGUAAUAUGCGCUGUUGUUUUGGACCCUUGGAUUUCUUUAGUUGAUUAUUGCAGAAACA